AUUGUCUAAAAUGGCGGAACACGAAGGGAUGACGGAGGGAGUGGAUGCGCACGGAAAAACAGUUUUAUAUCUAGACUUCAACUCUUUCGUCACAGCAGCCGGACCGGGGAAUAUGCAAAAUGUCGUGAUAGUUAAUAGCGGAACAGGUAGCUCGAAUUCUAUGAGCGUGCACACAGCGAACAUCUCCAAAGUGCACGAUGUCCCACUGGAUGACAUUACGCGGCCCCUGCCAGUUGCACACUACGACGAAGACAAAGUUCGAGGCAUCGUUGAAGUGCUUCAGAACCCUGCCACAAAAGACCAAGUGCCACCGAUCGACCUCCUCUGGGUCAAGGGAAGUCAAGGCGGGAACUACUACUACUCCUUUGGCGGCAACCACAGGUUGGAGGCCCACUACAGAAUGGGCUGCACAACGAUACGGGCCAAGCUCAUCCAGGCGACACCGUUGGCACUCGCCAGUUACCUGGGUGGCUCCACACCCGACCUCAAGUGAUCCAGCCUGCCGGUUUGUCCGUGUCAAGGAGUUGUCUCAGGACAAAAUCUCGGUGACACUCACCUCGCUUCCUGUGCCAGAUAAAGAACAGUGGGUGCUCUCUCCGCUUCAUUUGUAUAUUGCUCAUCACUCUAAUAAAGUCUCACCCUAUUCAUUACUA